UGCAACAUCGUAUCAAAAACCCAGCGUCUCCACUGCAGUGCACUUCGAACGGAUUGUGGUCAAGGUUUUUUUUUAUCCCCCCUUACACGCUUUUACCUGGGAUUUAUAUAUUUGGAAUAUACACGAAGACGCUGCAUUCAAGAAACAGGGAAAUGUCUUAUUUCUUUAAACUGCACUGACCUCCAGGUGCCGCGCCGCUCUCCGUUGGCCGUGCGAGGGACACCGCCCUGAGCCCCAUGGAGUCCAGAGUACCCCACCACAUCCCCGGCGUCUCAUCCUCCAUCAUGGUACAGCCCUUGCUGGACAGCCGCGUGCCCUACGGCCGGCUGCAGCACCCGCUCACCAUCUACCCCAUCGAGCAGAUGAAGUCGUCGCACGUAGAGAACGACUAUAUCGACAGCCCGGCGGCCAUUGUCUGCCAGCAGCCGCAUGCGCAGCCCAAGCACCUGGCCGCCAGCCGGCAGACUGAUGCCCACCCACAGCACCAACACCACCACCAUCACCACCACCACCACCAUCCACACCCACACACGCAGGACUCCACCCACCCAUGGAUCAGCUUCAGCGGCCGGCCCAGCUCCAUCAGCUCCAGCAGCAGCACUUCCUCCGACCAGCGCCUGCUGGACCAUGCUGCCCCUACCCCAGUGCUGGACUCGGCCUCCACCACCACCACUACGGCCUCCUCCAACUCCACCUCCUCCUCCUCCUCCUCACUUCCCCCUGCUGCUGCGGCUGCUUCUUCUCUGGGCCGCGUCCCCGGCAGCGGCAGCGGCGGCUUCCAGGCCAAGCUGCUCAGCGCCAAGCCCGCGGACCUGAAGACGGCCGGGUCGGCCGCGCUGGACGGCCCUGUGGGCUCGCUGCUGCCCGCCGAGGCCAAACACCUGCUGCUGUGCGAGCGCUGCGGCAAGUGCCGUUGCACGGAGUGCACGCUGCCGCGGGCGCUGCCCUCCUGCUGGGUGUGCCACCAAGCAUGCCUCUGCUCGGCCCAGAGCCUGGUGGACGCCGCCACCUGCAUGUGCCUGGUCAAGGGUGUCUUCUACCACUGCGCCGAGGACGAGGACGACGGCGACGAGGGCUCAUGCGCCGACCGGCCGUGCUCGUGCGGGCCUGCCCACCGCUGUGCCCGCUGGUCCUUCAUGGCGGCGCUCUCGAUGGCGCUGCCCUGCCUACUCUGCUACCUGCCUGCCGUGGGCUGCGCCAAACUCUCACAGAAGUGCUACGACGGCGCCCGCCGCCCGGGCUGCCGCUGCAAGGCGCCCGCCGCUGCCAAGGCCGGGGUGGCGGGGAUUCUGGGAAAAAACGGGGGAGGCUUGGACAAGCAGGCUUCGUGAUGGCCAGCCAGAGGUGGCGAGAUGCUUGAGACGUUCGGGGCCGAUGGUGGACAGACUGCAUUGGCAGAGGAUAAUCUGAGAGGAUAUGUGCCACCCACAACCUUACCCCACCCUCUUCCCAAGCUGCUGGAGGUCCUCUAAUCAUGGUACUUACUCACAAGGAUUCAGACUGGAUGCAAGUCCUAGUGUCAUAGUGUGACAUCUCAAAAGAGCAGUGGCAACAUUGCAUAUAUUAGCCUGGCAAAAAAAAAAAAAAAAAACACUUGCUUACUUCACAGUCCUGUUUUUACAAGUGCAGAGGAGAACUGUUGGGAUGCCGUUGCUGUUAGUUUUUCAGCGCCAGAAGGCUUAACAGCUCUUGUUAAUACAUUUUGGCCACACAUCAAAGUAGCCUACUCACAACUUGUAUCACUAUAGUGUCAGGUAUAGGAGUCAAGUUUCUUAACGUUCAAACUUGUGUUUUGUUCUUUUUUCUUCUGGAGAAAAACAAGUAUUGCCCACACUAGAAGUAACAGGAGAAAAGUACAGUGGCUUAAACAUAGCAUCUGACUUAGCUAAAGACAGAAGUGAAUUUAUAGCGUAUGACAUAUUACAAUCACAGCAUGUGCUACCUUCCACUGCUAGGACGUUGUGAAGCUUGUGUUUUGACAAAAGAUCUAACGCAAGCUGGAAUCUUCUGUUGUCAUUAGUAGCCAGUAGGGAGGUUGUAGUCAUAGGCCAUACUGUUCUAAGACAGGGGUAAAUUCCCUUUAAAGGAGGCUCUAUUUAAAAAAAAAAAGAAAAAAGAAGUCUUUUUUUUCUUUGUUAUUUAAUUUAUGUAUAACAAUUAACAUGCCUCCACACCUCCUCUCAGAUAUGCAUGUCAUGCCCGGAUGUGAACUUUGUCAAGGGUUAAACACCAGAUCGCUAGAUGUUUUAGUGAGAUGUUGAAGAUCCACCUCAGGGAUCAUGUUGACCAUAGGAAACAGAUAAAUAUGUAGGUUGAGUAUACUCUGCAUAAAGGAAACAACAUAAAGGAGACUAUUCUGAAUUUCUAAGAGUUAGGUGGUUGAGGAGAGGGGUGGUAUUUGUAAGCUAAUAAUAGAUUGAGGCCAUAACCUUCCUUUAAGUUUGAAGGCAAGCCACAACGAUAGCUGAACCCUCUAGCCUUUUGACAAAAUAAACCCACCUUACCAUUUAGACUAACUUUUUAGCAGAAUCAAUACUCCUUAUAAUGGACAAAAGCACAGUAUUAUAGAUAAUGGCCAAACAAUCCCCUCUCGGUUCGUGAAGCCCCUGCCCCUGUAGUCUACUACACUUAAUAUAUACCAAACAUAAUCUAAUAUUUUUGCUGCUCAGCUGUGUAUGUGUGUGUGAGAGAGAUAAAGAAAGUGUGUGUGUGUGUCAUAAAAAUUGUAUCUAUUUUCUUCUAAUGUAUGUUUUUGGCUUAAAUGGUAUUCCGAAGAAUUUGCCAAAGGAGUACACUUCCACUACUUUUUUUUUAAUUUUUUUUAGAAACAUCUUUAUUGUGCACCAGGUAGUCAAAAGAUGAAAAGUUUGAAAAGGUACUGUACCUUUAUUUUGUUAGGAUGCCUGAAUGGCAGAAAGGGGCUCUGCCAAUCCACCGUCUAGAUUCACACUUUUUGUAUGCGAAUGUCAUCACUCUGCCACCACACGCACCAGACACUGCACAUGAUCCUGCCCGUACGUGUCUUGGUGCACCAAGCCGAAACAUAACGGAAAAAAAAAAAGAAACACUACUGUUCUUAGUCUUGAAUGUAUGAGGAGAAUUACAUUUUUUUGCAGAUAAACCCGUGGAUAGGUGCCAAAAUAGUGAUAAGUGGUGAGGCUUGCAUAGUUAGGGACGUUGCUAACAUGUCAACAAUUUGUCGAUAAUAUUAGAAACAAACCUAUGCAGGUUACAUGUUGUAAAUAGUUCCAAGAAUCUAGCAAUCUUUAGGUGAGUUCAAAAUGUCCUGGAAAUUGCAUGGUACAGUGUAAUAAUGAUUCUUUAAAACACACAAACAUGAAUAUAUCUAUAUACAUAUAUAUGUAUGUAUAGAGAGUUAAAUAUAGAUUAUAUAUAUAUAUAUCAUUGGCUAAUGAUUGUGGGUGAUGGAAAAGACGAGGGCAUGGAAAGGUCUUUUAGUAAAAGCACUUGAUUUGGAGAAGUGUAGCUAGGCAAUAAAAAUACCUCUUCAUGGUGUCUCUGGCCUGUUUGAGUGAGGUGCCAUUAUUUGGACCUUGUCUUUUAGUUUGGAGUAAUUUAGUCCCCAGUAUGUCUGUUACCAACAGCCCCACAUCCAGUUGGUCAUUCUCUAUUCACUGCUGCAGUCUCAGACCAACACCCCCACCCCACCCGCCAAAAAAGAAUCUUAUGCUACAUCCUCUUGUUUUGAUUGACAUGUACAGCUGUGCUGCGUAACUCUGUCAAAAACCUCUGGAUGGGAUUGAACGUCCCUCUCGAGCCACAUUCCAUUCCAUCUGAUUCACCAGUGAAUCUCUUAGCUGCUCAAUGUCCGUCUUUCUGUCUCUCUCUUCCCCUCUCUCUCUCUCUGUCCUGUUUUUCAGUUUAUCGUUUUGGCUCUUCUUUUUUUGUGGCUCGGGGGGAGACGGACCACUGGCUCACCCGGUCCUCUGAGCAUGCUCUCAAUCAUCGCUCCCCCACAGGAAGGGAACAUUCCAUCCCCUCGCCAGAAUGCUGUGACUUCAUCUCCUUCUGUUCCGUGGUGCAGCCUUUUGGCUAUGAGUGUUUUAGCCAAUGAGAGCUUUUAAUUCACUCAAAAAAGCAACACUUCCUGUGUGCUUGUCCGUGCUCCAUGGAUCCUUCUUUUUGUCUUUCAUUUUCUAUUUUCUUUUUUUUUAUAUUUGCAUUGUCGAGGGAAAAGAGCUCUAUACUAUUUCGUUUUGUUUUAAAAUGACAAAGCAGAACCUCCCAUAUAAAAUGUCCCUGUAUAGAUAUAUUUAUUUUGAAGUUCUAUUUUAUAUAGUAUUUAUUUAGAUGCCUACUUUUUGUUUGUGAAUAAAAGCUUAUGUCAAAACGGAAUGUACAUUGAA